UCAAAUCAUUUCUUUACUUCUUUAAAAAAAAUCAUUUCUUUACAAAAUAGAAGAAAAAGGAUUCAAACUUUACAGACACAGAGACACAGAGAGAGAGACAGAGAUGGUAUGGCUUAUGAAUCACCAUCAUCAGAAUCAUAAUCAGCUAUGGAGUAAAGCUCGUAUCUGGGCAGGAACUUCACUCUUAUGGCUAAUCUUCAUGUGGGUUACUCCCAAGAUUUCUCACUCUCCAAAACACCAUCUUUUUGCUGACAUGAGAAAUUUUCUUGGAGUACCAAGCACGUUGAAUGUGGUUACAAAUUUCCCAUUUUUGGUUGUUGGUGUUUUGGGUUUUGUGUUGUGUGUUAAAGGAGAGUUUUUUAAUAUAAGUUUGAGAGGUGAAGUUUGGGGUUGGGCUUUGUUCUAUGCUGGAAUUACAGGUGUGGCUUUUGGGUCUGCUUAUUAUCAUUUGAAGCCUUGUGAUGAUAGAGUCAUUUGGGAUACUUUACCGAUGAUGAUGGCAUAUUCCUCACUUUUUUCUACUUGCCUAAUAGAAAGAGUGGGUGAAAAGAUCGGCUUGACUUUUCUGUUUGCUCUCAUUCUCGCUGCUUUCCUAAGUACCGCUCAUGAAAGAUUGUAUAAUGAUCUUAGGUUGUGCAUGAUGUUCCAGUUGAUUCCGUCUAUAGCAAUUCCAGCUAUGGCAUUUGUGUAUAGACCGAAAUAUACUCAUUCAAGAUAUUGGUUUUGGGCAACAGGUGUUUACCUUUUCUCGAAAUUCGAAGCCAUAGCAGACAAGAAAAUAUACAAUUCCAAUCAUUAUUUCAUCAGUGGACACUCGUUGGAGCAUUUGUGUUCAGCAAUGGUUCCUGUUCUGAUGAGUGUUAUGCUCAUAUACAGAACCAAAAAAUGUCAAAGACUAGGCGAAAUAAAGGAGCGCCCUUGAAGUAGGUUUUCGUAAUCUAAAACCUUGUCGAUCGAGUUUUGUAUAGUCAUUACACUACAAAACUUACCUCAAAUUUCUCGAUUUGGCUAUGUGGGGUUUGAUCUUUUUAGCUUCCAUUUCGAAGAACAUUCAUUCUUUUUCUUCACAACAGGCGGCAGCAAUGAUUGCUCGGUAACUGAAAUGAUGUAGGAAAGUAGAAAAGUAGAUAGUGUUUUUUAGGCAUUUUUGUUGAGAUAUGAUGAAAUUCAUCAAUGUAAAGAUCUUUUGUAAAACUCAAUUCAAUUCAACUUUUUGUCCCUUUUUCAAA